AUGGGGCGCUGCGCGCGGCUCCUGCUGCUCUGGGGCUGCUCCGUAGUGGCCGCAGGACUGAAUGGAGUCACUGCCCUACGUUCCAGCUAUGAAAACGCCUUUAACCCGCCAAUGGGAAAUUUGGCUUUAGGGAGAAAAAUCUGGGCAGAUACCACCUGCGGUCAGAACGCCACUGAACUGUACUGCUUCCACAGUGAGAAUGCCGAUCUGACCUGUCAGCAGCCCCGAUGUGACAAAUGCAACGCUACCCAUCCUCACCUGGCUCACCUGCCAUCUGCCAUGGCAGACUCGUCCUUCAUGUUCCCCCGCACAUGGUGGCAGUCUGCUCAGAAUGUGCACCGAGAAAAGAUCCAGUUGGACUUGGAAGCAGAAUUCUACUUCACUCACUUAAUUAUGGUGUUUAAGUCCCCUAGGCCGGCAGCCAUGGUCCUGGAACGGUCCCAGGACUUUGGCAAGACAUGGAAGCCUUACAAGUACUUUGCUACUAACUGUCUGGCCACAUUUGGCCUGGAAGAUGAUGUUAUCAAGAAGGGAGCUCCUUGUACUUCCAGAUACUCCAAUCCUUUUCCGUGCACUGGAGGAGAGGUUAUUUUCAGAGCUUUGUCGCCGCCAUAUGAUACGAAUGUGGAUAAUCUUUACAGUGCCAAAGUUCAGGAGCAGUUGAAGAUCACCAACCUCCGUGUGCAGCUACUCAAACAACAGCCAUGUCCCUGCCAGAGAAACGACCUAAACACGAAGCCUCAGCACUCUACACACUAUGCCAUCUAUGAUUUCAUCGUCAAAGGAAGCUGCUUCUGUAAUGGCCACGCUGAUCACUGCAUCCCUGUGGAUGGCUUCAGACCUGUCAAGGGGCCAGGAUUGCUCCCUGUGGUCCAUGGGAAGUGUAUGUGUAAGCACAACACAGCCGGCACCCACUGUCAGCGCUGUGCACCAUUAUACAAUGACCGCCCCUGGGAGGCAGCUGAUGGCAAAACCGGGGCUCCCAAAGAGUGCAGAACCUGCAAGUGCAACGGCCAUGCUGCUACCUGUCACUUUGACAUGAACGUGUGGGAGGCCUCAGGCAACCGUAGCGGGGGUGUCUGCAAUGACUGUCAGCACAACACGGAGGGCCAGCACUGCCAGCGGUGUAAGCCAGGUUUCUACCGAGACCUCCGGAGACCCUUCUCUGCGCCUGAUGCCUGCAAGUCGUGUUCCUGCCAUCCAGUUGGAUCAGCUGUCCUUCCUUUCAACUCAGUGACCUUCUGUGACCCCAGCAAUGGUGACUGCCCUUGCAAGCCUGGGGUGGCAGGGCCACAUUGUGACAGGUGCAUGGUGGGCUACUGGGGCUUUGGAGACUACGGCUGCAGACCCUGUGACUGUGCUGGGAGCUGUGACCCGCUCACAGGAGACUGCAUCAGCAGCAGCACAGACAUAGGUUGGUAUCAUGAAGUUCUUGACUUCCAUUCCGUGCACAAUAAGAGUGAACCCACCUGGGAGUGGGAGGACGAGCAAGGAUUUUCCGCACUUCGACAUUCAGGUAAAUGUGAAUGUAAAGAACAGGUGUUAGGAAACCCCAAGGCGUUUUGUGGAAUGAAAUAUUCAUAUGUGUUAAAAAUAAAAAUUUUAUCAGCUCAUGAUAAAGGUUCUCAUGCCGAGGUCAAUGUGAAUGUUAAAAAAGUCUUAAAGUCUACCAAACUGAAGAUUUUAAGAGGAAAGCGCACAUUGUAUCCAGAAUCAUGGACUAAUAGAGGCUGUACUUGCCCAAUUCUCAAUCCUGGCUUGGAGUACCUUGUAGCAGGACACGAGGAUGUAAGAACAGGCAAACUAAUUGUGAAUAUGAAAAGUUUUGUCCAGCACUGGAAACCGUCUCUUGGAAGAAAAGUCAUGGACAUUUUAAAAAGGGAGUGCAAGUAA